AUGAUAGUUGAUGUAAGUUUUAUUUAUAGAGAAAUAUCUAGGGUUCUGUAUCAAAGUGUGGACAUCGAUAUACCUCAAGGACUCCUUUGCAUCGUUAUCAUGAUUUAUUUAAAAUCUAUUAUAAAAGUCAUCGACAAUUCCGGCGCACAACUAGUAGAAUGUAUUAAAGUAAUGAGAAAAGGUUCACCACAAACUCCAGCUAAAAUCGGUGAUCAAAUCGUUGCUGUAGUCCAAAAGGCAAAACCAUUAUCGCAGAACAUUGUUGGUGCAAACUUGGCUAAUAGAGUUAAGAAAGGUGAUAUAGUGAGGGCAAUUGUUGUUCGUACAAAACAAAGAAACAUGACAAGACCAAAUGGUAUGACCGUUGCAUUUGGUGAUAAUGCUUGUGUUCUAAUUAAUAAGACGACAGGUGAGCCUCUCGGCACAAGAAUUAUGGCUAAUGAAGGUGUUGUUGGUAGGGAGCUGAAGGAAUUAGGUUAUAAUAAAAUAUGUUCUUUGGCAAGAAGAGUUAUCUAG